UGGCUCCGCCUGCGUGAACGUUGCUGCGGGAUAGCCGAGUCUAAGGAGGAGCGUCCACUGGAACACAUUCCGUCUCCGCAAGGUUCUCAUUUCCAAGUUAAAGAAAAAAAGCCUGUCACCAUGGCAUACACGUACGACAAGCUGAUCUCUCAUGUCCUGAGGGAGGAGCCCGUUGGCUCCCGGAACAAGGUGACGGUAGUGGGCGUCGGCAUGGUGGGCAUGGCCUGUGCCAUGAGCAUCCUCAUGAAGGAGUUGGCAGAUGAAGUGGCCCUGGUCGAUGUGAUGGAGGAGAAGCUGAAGGGUGAAGCCCUGGACCUGCAGCACGGGGGGCUUUUCCUGCGCACGCCCAAAAUUGUAGCCAGCAAAGACUACAGCGUAACGGCGAACUCCAAGGUUGUGGUGGUGACGGCCGGUGCUCGCCAGCAGGAAGGCGAGAGCCGCCUCAACCUGGUGCAGCGCAACGUCAACAUCUUCAAGUUCAUCAUCCCCAACAUCGUCAAGUACAGCCCCGACUGCAUCAUCCUCGUUGUCUCCAACCCAGUGGACAUCCUGACAUACGUGGCCUGGAAGCUGAGUGGGUUCCCCAGGCAUCGCGUCAUCGGCAGCGGCACCAACUUGGACUCCGCCCGCUUCCGCUUCCUGAUGAGCGAGAAGCUGCACGUCCACCCCUCCAGCUGCCAUGGCUGGAUCAUCGGAGAGCACGGAGACUCCAGCGUGCCCGUCUGGAGUGGUGUGAAUGUGGCCGGUGUCUCCCUCCAGAAACUGAACCCAGAGAUGGGCACAGAUGUCGAUCAGGAAGACUGGAGAUACGUGCACAGGAAGGUGGUGGAGGGUGCCUAUGAGGUCAUUAGGCUGAAGGGCUACACUUCCUGGGCAAUUGGGCUGUCUGUGGGAGACCUGGUAGAGUCCAUCCUUAAGAACCUGCGCAAGGUGCACCCAGUGUCCACGCUUGUCAAUGGCAUGUACGGGGUGAAGGACGAGGUCUUCCUGAGCGUGCCCUGCGUGCUGGGCAGCAGCGGCCUGACGGACGUGGUGAAGAUGUCCCUGAAGCCCGAGGAGGAGAAGCAGCUGGUGAAGAGUGCGGAGACCCUGUGGGGUGUGCAGAAGGAGCUGUCCAUGUGAGACCGCACCUCAUCGACCACACCUCGACCUCCGCCCCAAUCGCACACACACCUAAAAACAGCCCUGCUCUUCAUCCGGUUCCCCCACCUGUCCAAGCAGACCUCCGGACAGAGAUGGGCCGUUUCUGUACGGGCAUCGAACAUCCUGGCGGAUGUGCUUCUCUCUUCUUCCCAGGUCCAUGCAUGAAAGUGAACUUUUAAACACACAGCAGGUAGAGGUGGCCCAGCGAGCAGGAUGGGCCUCCAUUUUGCAAUGGGCCUCCAUUUUGGAUUUGCCGUUUUGUGUUCAGCAGAACCAUUCCUGCAGAGCCCCUGUUCCCAUCACAGCAGAGGCAUCCCGUACUACAGAACUCCAAUCUAAGCCUGUGUUUCAGUGUGCAAAACUAACCAGCAGUGUCAUUCAAUGGGACAAGGCCUUAUGAACAAUACACAGGGUAACCACUUCCCUCGCUUCAGUUUUAAUACAUGAAUUACAUUUGCUUUUAGCAUUAGCAGCAAACCAGUUCUGAAGCAACAGUUCUUGACUUCAAUGUGAAAUCUUAAGCAUUAUUUAUGGCAGAUACAAAGCUGUAUUUUUACAAUAAAAAUAUCUGCAGUAA